CAGGUGAGUGAGGCCUGAGCCAACGCCUCGGAUUGAUUCCUCCUCACUUUUAAUCUCUCUUGAAGGCUUCCAGGAUAGUCGAGAUUGCUGUCCUCUUGGGGAUAAGGAGAAGCAUCGUAGAAGACAGGCAUCUGCUUGUGGGACUUGUGGGCUGUGCCAUCCUGCCAAACCUCGAGCGUGGAAGUGCAGGCCUCGGGCAGAGUUGGCUUCCUGGCACAUCUCCCACCCUCACCCUGUCCCGCGUGUCUCCGGAGACAAAAUUACAGCUCCAGAGAUUAAAGUAGCAACGGUUCUAGUUCUUGACCUGUGAGGUAGUUGCACAGGUGUAUUCUCUUUGGGAUAAUUCAACUCUACCCUUUUUGUGCACUUUCCUGUAUGUCCGCUUAUACUUCCACAAAAAGAGUUUAUUGUAAAAGUACUGAGCACCAGACACUUGGCCGUGGUCACGAACAAGGCUACCAAAGGGGGGAUGAAGCAGAGGCAGAGGAGGGUGGAAGAAAGCCUUUGCUUGUGUAUAUGAACGAGUCUUCCCUCAGCACCGCGGGCACCUUGAGGGCUGGGCCGGCGUCGUAAUCUUUGUGGUACCUGAGCUCAGCUGGCGCCUGCAGCCCAGUAGGCCGGGGAAGGAUGAGUGAAGCCAGGAAGAUGUGUCCACCUUCCGGUUCCCAAUGUGUCACAAACUUGUGCCCUCCCAGAGAAAAGGCAGGACGUUCUGAAUAUGGGUUAUCCUGUGUUCAGACUCCAACGUCUCUGUCCAGGGGGCAAUCCUGGUUGUCCCCAGGCCCGAUUCUUGGAAGGGGAAGAGCCCGGAUGGCUCAGUGUCAUUUUCACUCUGUGCCGGUGACCUCUCGCCUUUAGCAUAUCCAGUGGGCUCCCUGGCGGAGUUGGGGAGGGGCCCAAGAGAGGGGCAGGACCCAGGAUAAAAGCAGCCACGGGCGUGCCAGGGCAAAUGACAGCCUGACCCAUGGAGGGAGGACGUGCAUAGCUGACCGCAAACUGACUCUGCCAAAGCAAAGGGAACCUCGCUGAACACAGCUCCUCGCGGAGCUGCUGAGCAGGAGCUGGGGGGGGCGGGGCGCAGGAGGAACCUCCUUUCUCAUGCCCCGCCCCUGCGCACGAGCGCUGAGCGCUAUAUUAAAAGCCUCGUGCCCUUGGACGGCAGUUGCUCACUUGGAUGCAGCGGGUCGGGAGCGGUCUCCCUAACGGGAGCCAGGCAGCGUCCCGGAGUCCCAGCACAGCCCUCGCAGAACAGAAGAACCAGGCGGCCACACUGCCGGUGCGGCUGCUCAGGGAUGAUGUGACAGCUAUACGGGACGAUGUCCACGCCGAGAAUGGUUUCCAGAUGAAGGUGAAUGCCCACGGCUUCAGCCCCGAGGAGUUGGUGGUGCAAGUGGACGGCCAAUGCCUGAAGGUGACUGGCCAGCGGCAAACAGAGAACUACAGCUCGGAUGGAGGUUCCUACCGUUUGGCACAUAUGGUACACCGCCAGAUGCCGCUCCCGCCAGACCUGGAUCCCGCCGCCAUGACCUGCUGCCUGACCCCCUCAGGCUAUCUGUGUGUCCGGGGUCAGUGCCGGCCGCUGCCUCCCUCUGAAGCCCCAACAGGACAGUCCCCCAGACUCAGGAGUCGCGGCUCUAAGAAGGGUCCCAAACCAGCCUGACCCAAUAAACCAUCAUAGU